AUGUCGAACGCGGCAAAUCUCCCCCGUCGCAUCGUCAAGGAAACGCAGCGACUCCUCGCGGAACCCGUACCGGGCAUCAGCGCAACGCCGUACGAAGACAACCUCCGCUACUUCCAAGUCGUGAUCGCCGGGCCUCAGUCGUCCCCGUACGAGAACGGCAUCUUCAAGCUCGAGCUCUUUCUGCCUGCUGACUACCCCAUGGCGCCACCCAAGGUCCGGUUCCUGACUCGUAUUUACCACCCGAACAUUGACAAGCUCGGGCGUAUCUGCCUCGACAUCCUCAAGGACAAGUGGUCGCCCGCGCUCCAGAUCCGCACGGUGCUCCUGAGCAUCCAGGCACUGCUUUCAGCUCCCAACCCCGACGACCCGCUUGCGAACGACGUUGCUGACCACUGGAAGACGGACGAGCCGGGUGCCUUGCGCACGGCCAUGGAGUGGACGCGCCGGUUCGCUUAA